AACCCAGGCUGUGUCUUGGGUCAUCUGAGCCUGCAUCUGUUUCAAAGCAAAGCCUGAUAGCAUGCUGUUCAAAGGCAUGACCUCAGCACUCUAUUGUGUUUAGGAUUACUUCCCUGACCACCAACCCUUAAUCGAAGGAUAAAACCAUGUCAGCCUCGCCGUCCAACCAGCUUCUGUCACCAGAUAGUUACAAGCUAAAUCGAUUUUCUCGUCGGCCUGUCGCGAACGCCUCCUCGACUCGUUCAAAAUCAGCCCCAGGUUCACGGGAUGAAACACCUCGAGGGCGACACAGCCCGCAUCCAAGUACACCCCUACACUCUUUUGAUUCUUCUUCGCAGACAACAGCCACAUCUACGGGAGCAAUCAAGACAAACGCCAACUUGCACGUUGCGAAUGCUCCCCAAGUCAAUCAAGUCAACACCAAUGCCCGUACCGAUUCAAACCCUACCAGUGAUGCUUCACGUGGGGUUGAUCUCGGCGACUGGGAUGAGAGGCAGGUAGUAGUGCCUCGAACCAACCUCACUGUUUUAGAUGUUGCAGCUUUGAUACUGAACAAACAGAUUGGCACAGGCAUCUUCACAACCCCAGGGGCAGUCCUACUCUCUACUAGGUCCAAGGGUCUAAGUGUAGGGCUUUGGGCCAUUGGAGGCAUGUGGACAACACUAUUCUUGUUUGUCUAUCUAGAGUUCGGGAACGCACUACCUUUCAAUGGCGGAGAGUUGGUAUAUCUAGAUGAGAUCUACCGCCGCCCCGAACUUCUCGCUACGAUUCUAUUCUCGGGGUUUUUUCUAACCCUUGCAAACUCAUACGGCAAUUCUAUUCAGUUUGCUAAACAUGUUAUUAUCGCCGCCGUCCCUCGACUAGACAACACUCGUGACCUCGACGAUCGCUUGGUUCGUUACCUCGCGGUGUCUGUCGUGACGCUGGUUUGCUUGAUUCACUGGCAUUCAAGCAGAGCUGGCUUGUUCUUGAACAAACUCGUGGCUUGGUACAAGAUAAUCCUGCUACUCAUCGUCUUCAUAGCUGGCAUGGUAUACAGUGGGAAGGAGGGGAAUUCGCAUUGGAACGACUCUGCCGACAGAGGGACGACUGACGGUAUGACUGGUAUGGUGCUGAUCUUCUAUUCGUACCAAGGAUGGGAAAACGCAAACUAUGUUGCUGGCGAGAUUCGGGCUCUAGAAGGUCGAACGCCCAAAAGGACUCUCAACAUUGGUGCUUUUCUUGGUGUGAUUACCGUCUGGAUGCUCUACGUGAUGGUUAAUGUCGCUCUAUAUCGAGUGUUAGACUAUGAAACCCUCACCGGACCUAAUUCUGAUCUCGCUGUUGCUCUUCAGUUCGCACCGCGUGUCUUUGGGGCAUCGACGGCUUUCAAGAUCUGCAUGUCGAUCUCAGCUUUUGGGAACGUAUUAGCCGUAACAUAUACCUCCGCCAAAGUAAAGCAGUCUAUCGCCAUCCAAAGGAUUCUUCCUUUCUGGAAGUAUCUGCAACGAGACGAAGAUACCCCCAAAGGAGCUUUGUUCUUACAUUGGCUCACCUCUGUCAUCUUUAUCGCUGCGGCCCCCACACACUCCGACGGUUAUGCCUUUGCCAUUGGCUUGUUCACAUAUGGCCACAUACUGGCUAGUACGUUGGUCGCCCUUGGCCUUCCGCUCCUUCAAUCACGCAUGCGCUCGCAUACCCCCAACUACAACUUGAAUUUCUUCCACUUCAAACCCCUCCUUUACAUCCUUCUUGCCAUCUUCGUCCCUGGCAAUAUCCUUAUCCUGAUAUUUUCCGGCAAGACUACCAACCCAGGUAAGAUUCCACGUUGGUGGUGGCCCACCACGAUCGUCUUUCUCCUCUUCGUGAGCUUCCUCUGCUGGGCCGCGAUACGGAUUAGCAUGAUAGAGAUAAGUGUAUUAGACAGAUCGACUGGUGAGAUGAAGACUAUUGGGGAUUAUAUCGGGUUCAAAGUGAAGGUGUACCAUCUGGACACAGAGGAUAUGCCGUCAAACAUCAAGGGCUCUAUUGUGGAAGCUUUUGCUGCGAAGAUUGAUGGAUCGCAGCGAAGAAUACAGGUCAAGACAAGUGGAUGGUGGGCGAACUGGGGAACGCGUUAUGACAAGACGAAGGAUUUGCUGGGGAAGUACUUGUUCUGAGAAAAAGAUACUUUGAUUUUCUGGGCUGUCAUUAUUUAAUUUCGGCGGUCACUAUUCGGUGUAGUCAAAAUUCUGUUCAGUGUAGCGAUGACCGUCACUAAGGUGUAGAAAUAUUCAGCAGCAACCCUUGCGCAGGCAGUAUUACAACUGUUUAGAGGGCAAACAUUUUGCCUAAAAUGCUACAAUUUCUUGGAUUAGUAAGGCAGAGAUAUUAGGCGCAAUAAAAGUGUUGCAACGAG